AAUGAAAACUAUGAAUAUUGGUCCAAAAGUCUUGCUUUAAUAAAAUUAAGUUAGACAUCUAGAUGAUGAAGAUGAUGUACCAGAUGAACCAUCUCCUGUUUUAAUUAAAUAAAAAAUAAUUAAAGUCAUCAAAUAUAAUCAACCUAGAUUUGAUGUCAAAGGUAGGCAAAUAUUUAAAGGCACUGGUUAUGGAAUUGCUUUUGACAAUUUUGUCACUGUCUGUGUAUUUAAUCCUGAUGAGGAAGUGUUAUCAAUUAAGGACACUAUUUCUUAAUGUACAAAUACUCAAGAAUUGGAGAAGUUUCACAUCAAAACUAAUAGUAAUAAAAAAAUAGAGGAUUUCCAUAAAGAAAUAAUCCUAAAAUCAAUUCUUAAAUAGACUAAACCAAAUCAAUGA